AUGGCUUGUGAUUUGAUAGGUGUGGAUUGUAUGGAGCCAUAUCUUCCACAUAGAGUAGGGAUGCAAUUCGCGAUGGAUCAAGAUAUUCCUGAUCCCAUUAUUAGAUUGAAUGAUGAUCUAGAACUUGCUUUGAGUAGCUAUGAAAAAUCGCUUGAUGGUUUGAAGAUUUAUAUACCUCCUCGAUGGCUCGAGGGAGAUGUUACAAUCAACUAUCAUGAAUGGUGGAGGUCAGCAUUGUCCCCGUGUGAUCAUGAAUCAUUGACCAUCCAUGACAAACAGAGGAGAAGCGUAGGAAAAGUGGUUGAGGUGUCUGGAGUACCUGCUUGUUCUACUCCAUGUAAUGAGGCUAUGGUUUUAAUUUCGGCUGGCAGUAGAAAGGAGACACCAAAUGAUAAUCCAUCUUAUAUUCCGGAAAUUGCAAUACAAAAAAAUCCUUCCAAUGUGUUUGAUAAGAACAAGCAAAUUAGUACAAUAGAUUUGACAGUGUGGUCACAGGACACUGGAAAAUGUGAGCACAAUGUUGUGGAGGAAGGCGAGGAAAAUGAGGUGUGUAAGAGCAAAUUGAAUGCGAAUGAAGGAAGCAAGCCACAUAUGGAAUGCAUUCAUUUGCAGAAUGACUCAUUAGCUGAAGAUCAUGAAACCUUAAAUAGGGAAGAAACAUUGCUUGACACUACAUUGAACACGAUAUGCUACACUUCUACUAAAGAUGAACAUACUGAAGCAGCAAAUCACAGUACUGACAUCAAGCAAGUCAAUUCUGCAGCUGAUGCUUUUCUGAUUAUCAACAAUGGGGAAGAUAAUGAUAGUCGCAACCCUUUUGAAGAAUCAAUUCUUGAGUUUGAAGCCAGGAUUAGUAAACUUGAAAGGACAGUUUCUACUCUCAAAACAGCCAAGUUUGGGUCUUCAAUGAGGUAG